AUUUAAUGAGAAAUUUACUCCUCCAUUUAUUGCAAAGGGAAAGAAACUCAGAAAGAAAAAAAAAACUUAGAGAGAGAGAUAGAGAGUGAGAAAGCUCCAAAAUCUCUAGUCUAGAGAGAUUUUUUCUUGGCUUUUUUUCUUUUCUUUCAUUUUUCUUGAAGCUAAAGAAGCAAGUGAUGUUGACGAUAGGAGAAGGAAAUGUGAUGACUUCACCUCCGCCGCCGCCUUCUUCCUCUCCGGCAACAAUCCAAAACCCUAAUUUUAAUUUCAUCCCUUUCAACUCCUUUUCCUCCAUUAUCCCGAAGGAGGAGCAUGGGAUGAUGAGUAUGAUGAUGAUGAUGGGAGAUGGAACAGUAGAGGAAAUGAUGGAAAACGGGUCGGUGGGUGGGUCAUUCGGGUCGGGAAGUGAACAAGCAGAAGAUCCAAAGUCCGGGAACGAAUUUGAUGUCAAUGAACUUCAAGACGAUGAACAACCUCCUCCUGCUAAGAAGAAACGUUACCACAGACAUACUAAUCGUCAGAUCCAAGAAAUGGAAGCAUUGUUUAAAGAAAACCCUCAUCCAGAUGACAAACAAAGAAAGAGAUUAAGUCAGGACCUUGGUCUCAAGCCUCGACAAGUCAAGUUUUGGUUCCAAAACAGGCGUACCCAAAUGAAGGCACAACAAGACAGAGCAGAAAAUGUGAUGUUAAGGGCAGAGAACGAUAACCUUAAGUCGGAGAAUUCUCAUCUUCAGGAGGAACUACGGUGCCUCUCGUGCCCUACUUGCGGCGGCCCCACCGUCCUCGGCGACAUUCCUUUCAACGAACUCCACAUUGAGAACUGUCGCCUCCGUGAAGAGCUUGAUCGUCUAUGCUCCAUUGCUUCAAGAUACACUGGACGUCCGAUGCAAUCCAUGCCAUCAUCUCAGCCGUUGAUCAAUCCUCCUCAGGAGCUUCCACAACAUCAUCAACCUUCAUUGGAGCUAGACAUGAGCGUAUACGCUGGAAACUUUCCAGAACAUCCUUGUCCAGACAUGAUGUUGCUUCCUCAACAAGGCACUGCUUGUUUCUUCCCAGAUCAAACUAACAACAACAACAACAACAUGUUACUUGCUGAUGAAGAAAAGGUUAUCGCUAUGGAGUUCGCUGUCUCUUGCGUCCAAGAACUUACUAAAAUGUGUAACACAGAAGAGCCUCUGUGGGUUAAGAACAAAUCCGACAAGAUCGGUAGCGAGGUUCUGUAUCUGAACGAGGAAGAGUACUUGAGGCUGUUCCCAUGGCCAAUAGAUCAGAAUCACAACAACAACAAAAGAGAUUUUCGUAGAGAAGCAUCCAAGGCAAACACAGUCGUUAUCAUGAACAGCAUUACGCUAGUUGACGCGUUUCUAAACGCUGAUAAGUGGUCGGAGAUGUUCUGCUCAAUUGUGGCUAGGGCCAAAACGCUUCAGAUAAUCUCAUCUGGAGUUUCUGGAGCUAGUGGUUCUCUUCUUCUGAUGUAUGCAGAGCUACAAGUACUAUCUCCACUGGUUCCAACUAGAGAAGCGUACUUUCUACGUUACGUGGAACAAAAUGCGGAAAACGGAAACUGGGCAAUCGUGGAUUUCCCGAUCGACAGCUUCCACGACCAGAUCCAGCCGUUGAAUACUAAUACUCCUCACGAGUACAAGAGAAAGCCAUCAGGCUGCAUCAUUCAAGACAUGCCUAAUGGAUACUCACAGGUCAAGUGGGUCGAGCACGUGGAAGUAGACGAGAGGCACCUGCACGAGACUUUCGCUGAGUAUGUGAAAAGCGGUAUGGCUUUUGGAGCUAACCGCUGGCUCCACGUGCUGGAGAGGCAAUGCGAGAGGAUGGCUAGUCUUAUGGCUAGAAACAUAACCGAUCUUGGAGUGAUUCGAUCUGCAGAAGCGAGGAGGAACAUGAUGAGGCUAUCACAGAGGAUGGUGAAAACUUUCUGUAUGAAUAUAAGCGCCUCGUACGGACAAUCUUGGACUGCUCUGUCUGAGACAACCAAGGACACUGUGAGAAUCACGACGAGGAAGAUGUGUGAGCCUGGCCAGCCUACUGGUGUUGUUCUUGCUGCUGUCUCAACCACUUGGCUUCCAUUUUCUCACCUUAAGGUCUUCGAUCUUAUCCGUGAUCAACAACACCACUCUCUGUUGGAGGCUUUGUACAAUGGGAAUUCACCUCAUGAAGUUGCUCAUAUCGCUAAUGGUUCACAUCCUGGAAAUUGCAUCUCUCUUCUACGAAUCAAUGUAGCGAGCAAUUCAUGGCAUAACGUGGAGCUGAUGCUUCAAGAGAGCUGCAUCGAUAACUCCGGCAGCUUGAUCGUCUACUCCUCCGUCGACGUCGACUCGAUCCAGCAAGCGAUGAACGGCGAGGAUCCCUCCGGUAUUCCUCUUUUGCCCCUCGGAUUCUCCGUCGUACCCGUGAAUCCACCGGAUCGUGUCGAUGGUAUUUCCGUCAAUUCGAUGCCGUCGUGCCUUCUCACCGUCGGGAUUCAGGUCUUGGCGAGCAACGUCCCAACCGCGAAACCCAAUCUCUCCUCCGUCACAACCAUCAACAACCACCUUUGCGCCGUCGUCAAUCAGAUCACUUCCGCUCUUACCAGCAGCAUUUCCCCGGCGAUCGAAUCUACCGCCGCCGUGUCCAAGCAUGAGUAGUGACCGAAUUACCCCUGAACCUCCUAGUCUUUUGAAUCUCAGAGUUGUACCGAGUCAGGGGUAUAAUGGUGAAUUCGGUCAUAUAUGAGGGAGGUUCUGAGGUGAUUCGGUUAUGGCUUCGAGGUUAUUUUGGUAAAUAACGUAGCAUAUAAGCCGUUUAUGUAAUUGUCAGUUCAUGGUAAGGGUAAAACAGGAAAUUAAGUUUAUGUUUUUAGCUGUUUUUGUUUUGGGAGGGUCAAAAAAUAGUAUUUAAGUUAAGACUUGAAGACGGAGGAAGUCAAGAGCGCACCAGGAAGUAGGUAUGUUGACUUUUGCUUUCUGAACCGGAUUAUCGGUCUAACCGGUUUUCGGAUAAUCAGAAAAGUGUAGCUGGUUCGGGUAUUGACUUUCUACUUGGUUUGACUCCUUUGAAAUAUUUUGGCUUAUUUGAAAUUAAUAUGUUUACCAUCUUUUUGGCUUUUCGUAUUUA